AUUUGCACUUCUCACUCCCGUCAUAUUCCUUUCUUUCUCUAAUCCUCUCAUUCUUUUCAUACCCUCUAUUUGUAUUUUAUCAUAGGAGUAUAUAAUAAAUAUUCCUUUUUAAAAAAAAUAUUUGCAUUAUUCUGUUAGAUAAAUUUAUAAGAGUAUUAAAUUUAAAAAUAAUUUUUAUUAAAAUUUCAACUAUCAACUUAAACUUUUAAUCAAUAAAAAAUGACGACAUGGUUAAAUUUUGCGGUGGUGUUGUUGUUAACAUGUGCACCAUGGGGAGCUCAGUGUGUGUACAAGUAUAGGCUACCAGUGAGUUUGACAUUGGUGAAAAACACUACAGCCACAACUCUAGGAGCUUAUUGCUUGGAUGGUACUUUACCUGCUUAUCAGUUUAACAAAGGAUUCGGUUCUGGCAUACGCAACUGGCUCUUACAUUUUGAGGGUGGUGGGUGGUGCAAUGAUGUGGAAUCAUGUUUAGAGAGGGCCAUCACACGCCAUGGCUCAACAAACUACAUGGAUAAAGUGGGAACCUUUUCCGGGAUUCUAAGCGACAACGUGUCCUUAAAUCCAGACUUUUACAAUUGGAACCGAGUUAAGCUAAGAUACUGUGAUGGAGCUUCCUUUGCUGGCGAUUCCAAAUUCGACAAUGGAACCAAAUUGCUUUACUUUAGAGGCCAAAAGAUUUGGCAGGCAAUUAUUCAUGAUCUUCUCCCACUAGGAUUGGCUAAUGCUGACAAGGCUUUGCUUUCUGGAGCCUCAGCAGGGGGUUUAGCAGCCUUCCUGCAUUGUAAUGAAUUCUCAAGUUUUCUACCAAAGACCGCUACAGUCAAAUGUAUAAGUGAUGCCGGAUUUUUCUUAGACGCACCAGAUAUAGCCAAACACUACACAAUACGAACUUAUUUCAACGAUGUUGUUUCUCUUCAAGGAGUCGAAAAGAAUCUAGACUUGAAAUGCACCAGUUCUGUCGAUGAUCCUCGCCUUUGCUUCUUUGAGCAACAUCUUCUAAAUUACAUCAGGAAACCUGUUUUUAUCUUAAAUACUGCAUAUGAUGUAUUUCAGUUAUAUAACAUAUUUGUACCACCUACUGCUGAUGUGCUAAAACAAUGGAGCCAUUGCAAACACAAUAUAACAACAUGCACUACUACUCAAAUAGAAACCUUACAAGCUUAUCGACAGUUGAUGAUUCAAACUUUAGAUGAUUUCUAUAAACAUUCAGCAAGUGGAGGAAUGUUUAUAGACUCAUGCUUUGCACAUAGCCAGAUUGAGAGACAGGACAAUUGGUUUGCAGCUGAUUCCCCUACAGUUCAAAAAAAGAAAAUAGCAGAAGCAGUUGGUGACUGGUAUUUCGAGAGGACCGUGACAAAGUUAAUCGAUUGUCUAUAUCCUUGUAAUAAAUCUUGUAAAAAUCUAUUACCCGCAUAGGCUCAUCAUAUCUACUUUAUCCCGCGCAUAUUAUCUAUAUAGACUAAUAAUUAAUUUUUUAAUUUUGAAUUGGAAUAUAUUUCUUUUUAGAUAAAUAGUGAAUUGGAGUAAUUUAGAGAAUCUCUACAAAUAAAAAUAAUUAUUUUUUUUAAUCUGUAAACAUUGAGAAUCGAAUAUUAUUGUUACAAGUGUGAAAUAGAAAUAUUAUCAAUGUGUAUUGCACUCUAAUUUUUCGACUUUUAUUGCAAGAUGGGUUAUUAAUGGAU